UGCGUAUUGAAAUAUUUCAGAAUUCUGAAAAAUAUUACUUAUUUUGAUUUCCCACUUUGAUCCCGUUUAAGCUCAAAUGAAAGAUGGCUCAACAUGAAGCUUACUUACGAACUGCCCUUGCAAAAUAUACCCAAAAGGAUUUGGUGAAACGUGACUGCAUGAACAUAUUUCAACAUUUCCCUGAUCUGAGACCAUCCACAGAUUUCUUCGUAUUCAAUGAUGGAAGUAGAAGAGAACUUUUGUGUUUAGAGGGAACUAUUCCAGUCAAUUAUAAAGGUGCAACAUAUAACAUCCCAGUGUGUUUAUGGCUACUAGAGUCACACCCAUACAACCCGCCAAUGGUGUUUGUAAAACCCACCAGUACAAUGCAGAUAAAGCAAGGAAAACAUGUGGAUACAAAUGGAAGAGUUUUUCUACCAUAUCUGCACGAAUGGAGACAUCCACAAUCAGAUAUGAUGGGACUGAUCCAGGUGAUGACCAUAGUGUUUGGUGAAGAGCCUCCUGUGUUUGCACGUAGCCAAACUGGCCCUGCUAGGCCACCCUACCCACCAGGGGGACAACCUGCGGGAGGUCGACUCCCUUACCCCACAGGGGGACCAGGUUAUGGAAUGCCACAACCUAAUGCUGCAGGAAGUACACCAUAUUCCGCUUACAAUGCACCCGCCUCCACAUCGUACCCCGCAUCAUCUACAGCAGGAGGUUACCCAGGGGCAGGCUAUACCCCAGGGGGUUAUGCAAACCCUUACCCAGGUUAUCCACCCUCAGGGGGUUACAACCCAGUGGCCGGGCAGACUAGCUAUCCACAACAGGCAGCAACGACACACACAUCUACAUCCUCCACACAGGGUCAGAGUUCCAACCAGUUGUCAGAUGAGCAGAUUAAAGCCUCUGUUCUGUCUGCAGUGGAGGAUAAAAUGAGGCGAAGGUUGAAGGAAAUAUUUGCACAAGCCCAGGCUGAAAUGGAUGCACUGAAGAAAACUCAAGAAGACCUAAAUGCUGGUAAAGCAAAGCUUGAGGAGAUGGUUGGUAAUCUAGAAAAAGAACAGAUUGAGGUGGAGAAAAACAUCAGCUUGCUACGAGAGAAGGAUGAAGAGAUCAUGGAUGUGUUAGCAAGAAUGGAGAACCGUGAAGCUAUAGAUAUUGAUGAAGCAGUAGUGGCUCCUGCACCUUUAUAUAAACAAUUACUGAACUCAUUUGCAGAGGAACAGGCCAUUGAAGACACCAUAUAUUACUUAGGAACAGCCCUAAACAGGGGAUCUAUAGAUCUAGAUGUAUUCUUGAAGAAAGUGCGAGAGCUAUCAAGACAACAAUUUAUGCUACGAGCGUUGAUACGGAAAUGUCGAUCUAAAGCAGGACUUCCAGAGAUAUGAACUCACUCGUCUUGAGUACCCUAGUUAUGAACUAUACCUUAUUUUAACGUCACAUCUCAGUACUGCAUACUACACAAACUAGUAUCCAAGACAGCUUUUGGAGAUGUCCUUUCAAGUGAUCUGAAAGUAUUGACAUUUUGCAGUUUUUGUGAAAUAGUCAUGAGCAUGAAGUUAUGAUAUCACGAAAGGAUUACUAUAGUGAUAACAGAUGCAGGGCCCUUGCAAGGGGGUUUCAGGGGGUGCGAGCGAACCCCCUUGACCUAAAUUUAUUUUGAAAUCAUGUAUUUUUUCACCAUUCUGAGCACUUUUCAAGGAUUUUAGGUCAAAUGUGAACCCCCCCUAGAAUUUAAAAAU